AUGACGGUCUCAUUUUCCUGUAUCCAGGGGGCGAAUUGCGCAACGUUUAGCCCUCCCACGGAAUAUCUUCAGAACAGAAGCCGUACUAUUCCCGAGCUCUACGAUUGGACUGUCGAACACAAUCCCGAGCAUCCUGUCUUUGUCUACCACGACGGAACCCAGUGCAAGUCCAUUCUAGGACCGCAAGUUCUUCAAGCCGCGAAGCGGGCAGCAAACAUCAUUGUUGAGCGUGUUGGUGCGCAACGCACUGCAGGAGACUUUGAAUUGAGUAGUACUCCUCCGGUUGUCGCUGUUCUCGCCGCAACAGAGACUAUCACACAUUUUUGCUUCACCCUUGGUGUCCUCUACGCGGGAUACACCGUCUUUCCGCUGUCCACGCGCAACAGUCCUGCUGCCGUUGCACAUCUACUGUCAAAAUCGAGCGCCUGCUGCAUAUUCACUAGCAAUGAGCCCGCUAUCCAGGCCCUGGUUGGGAAUGCGCUUCAAGACAAGCAGUCUGAGCUAAUACCUGUUCAUUCAAUGCCUGUCUUUUCGGACCUGUUUCCUCAGAACGCUUCGAGCGAGCCUGUGGAGUUCCUUCAUCGCAGACGGUAUGACCUGAGCGCCACCGCUGUCAUAUCCCACUCUUCAGGAUCUACUGCGUUCCCAAAAAUGAUCGUCUGGUCUCACUUAGACUUUAUGCAAACGGCAUUGACACCUUGGUAUGGAGAGGUUGAUCUUGCUGGAGUAGUCAUGGGUUUUCAUUCUAUACCCAUGUUCCACGGCCUCGGUUUGCUGCACUUGCUCUUGGUGCCAUCUUGCGGAGUGAUAUUGGCCACUUUCCCGCCCUCGAGUCCAGCAGCUAUCCCCACUCCCGAGAGUGUCUUUGAUGGAAUCAAGAAAACUCAAAGCGCCAUUGCGAUUGCUGUGCCUGCAUUCAUCGAGGCUUGGUCUCGCGAUCCGGAAAAAGUAGCACUUUUGAAGCAGAUGUCAGGGCUGAUCUAUGGAGGAGGCCCACUCUCGAAAAGUGUAGGUGAUAUGUUGACUGCAGAGGGCGUGACCAUUCUGCCGAACUACGGCUCUACCGAGGCGGGUGUCAUGAACACGUAUCUUCCCAGGCCCGGUGCAGCAGACUGGGAAUACUUUACAUUCUCUGUGGUGUGUCAACCGGAGUUCAUUCCAUACGACGACGGAACAUAUGAAUUAGUCCUUGUCUCCAACGACCUCCAUUGUUCAAAAAUAAUUAACACCAAAGUCAGGGGAUGCGAUGCGUACUUGACCGGUGAUCUUCUGCAGCCUCAUCCCGACAAGCCAGGGUAUUGGCGAGUGUUCGGCCGCGCCGACGAUCAGAUCAUGUUGGCGAAUGGUGAAAAGACCAAUCCGGGCCCAAUAGAGAACGCGCUUGCUCGCGACCCGCACGUAAAAGCUGCAGUCAUGUUCGGACGCGGGCGGCUGCAGAACGGUGUGAUCAUCGAACCAGCGCCAGAACACGCGUUUGAUCCCAACGACACGUCUCGCUUGCAGAGCUUCCGGGAAACAAUCUGGCCGUCUGUCGAGAGGAUAAACGAGACGGCGCCACAACACUCCCGGCUUUUCAAGGAGAUGAUCCUCGUUGCAUCGCCGUCCAAGCCGUUCCAAUAUACUGCGAAGGGCACGUCGCGGCGCGCUAUAAUUCUAUCGCAGUAUGCCGAGGAGAUCGACGCGCUUUAUGACUCCGUCGACGACACGAUGCAGAAGGAUGUCUCACCGCCUGCCAGUUGGGAUCUCGAAUCGAUUGCCGAGUUUGUAGAGAGGACCAUCAAUGGUGUCUUGAGAGUCUCGGUUACUCGCGAUGCCGAUAUUUUCGUACAUGGCUGCGACAGCUUACAAGCUACGUGGAUUCGCAACACGAUUCUCCGAGUACUGCGCGAAUACGACCCGAACAUCGCGAAGAGACUCGCACCCAACUUCGUCUUCGAAGCCCCCAGCAUCGCUCGCCUGUCUCGUGCUGUCCACACGGCCGUGCACAGUGCCCAAGAUCCGGAGGUCGCGAACAAGGUUGUGGCCAUGCAGAGGAUGGUGGAGCAUUAUACGCGUGCAUACCCAGGAAGGCCGUCCGUGCUCAAAUCGCGGGCGUCAAAACGAGAUACAGUGCUGGUGACGGGGACGACUGGCGCCAUUGGGUGCAAUAUCCUUGCUCACUUACUCAGCGACGAGACCGUUGAGCGAGUGUAUGCGCUCAACAGAGUGUCGGAGGCUGGCGCUGUCAGGCAGCGGGAUGCAUUUAGCCGCAGAGGGCUCGAUGAGAAUCUCUUGCGGGGUGAGAAAUUUGUGUAUGUGGAAGGCGAUAUGGGCCUUCCCGGGCUCGGAAUCGAUCCCUCCCUAUUCGUAAAGAUCCGGAACACAGCAACGCACAUCAUUCAUAACGCGUGGAGAGUCGACUUCAAUUUGGCACUGUCAUCCUUCGAGAACAAUAUCCAAGGGCUUCGCAACUUAAUCGAUCUAUCGUUAGAGUCUCCACUGACGACGCCCCCUCGACUGCUCUUCGUCAGCUCCGUGGGUGUUCUCCGGCAUGUUUCCGUGCUUGGAGAAGCUGCGGAAGAGCCAGUCGAAGACCCGUCCUCUGCUGUAGGCUCGGGGUAUACGGAGUCUAAAUGGGUGGCUGAGCGGAUUUUACACUUGUCUGGACAAGCAUCGGAGUUGCGCCCAGUCGUCGUGCGCGUUGGCCAAGUCUGUGGCGAUCGGCGUGGAUACUGGAACGAGCGGGAGUGGUUCCCGUCCCUCGUCAAGUCUGCUACCGUGUCGUGGAUCCCUGCAUACGACGCUGGACAGGUGCUGGGCCAAAUGCGCGAUUCAAUACACCCUGUAUUGCAUCUCGCUCACCCGCGUCGUGUCUCGUGGAACAGCGUCAUCACGCCGAUUGCAGAGCAUUUGGGGGUCCCCUUAGUGACCUACGAGGAGUGGGUCAGUGCGCUCCAGCAAAGCGUCACUGAGGGAACAGGUUCGGAAGUGGAGAGAUUAAGAGAGAACCCGGCGCUGCGAUUGCUUGCGUUCUUCCGUAGCUACAAAGUCGACGAAGAUAAGGAGCCACUGGGAGUUACGAAACUCGCGAUUGUAAAGGCGAGUGAAGUUGCGCCCGCUUUGCAGCUGGUUCCGGAGACCAGCGUGGGUUCUGUGCGAGCGUGGUUGGAUGCUUGGCGCGAUUCUGGAUUUUUGCUCUCUCCUGGUAACCACAAGAUGAAAGCUUGA